UCUUCGUCUUCCCUGUCUCGAGUAAUUUAGCUGUGCAAAUUAAGUUUCUUCGAUUUCUCUCUCAGACCAAUCGUGCUUUCCUCCGAAUCCUUAAACGUUUUGAACAUCACAAAUGGAAUUAGCAGAUCGAGCAGUCGGGCUGCUACUAUCUUCGAUCAGCUUAUCCAUAUUCACAUACUACACUUUCUGGGUCAUCAUCCUGCCAUUUGUAGAUAGUGAUCACUUCAUCCACAAGUACUUCUUGCCUCAAGACUAUGCCAUUCUCGUACCUGUCUUCGCCGGCAUAACCCUUCUCUCUCUCCUUUCCGUAUUCAUCGGCAUGGUCAUGCUCAAAUCAAAAAAGAAGAAGGCUUAAAAUCAAACCUUUGGCUUUAGACAAACUUCUGAUUAUUUUCUAGAGUUGUGUGCCUACUUUGUUUUGGUCUUUGAGAUGUUUAGUUCUGAAGUUAAAAUGGUGUAGUUGAACCCGUCCGAGACUAUGUCCUAUUGUCUGAAUACGUCACAUACUAUAAAAUUCAAAGCUUUUUCCUUGGAAAUUCUUAUAUUAUUAAUCUGA